AUGAGACUGAGUGACGAACCAGAAAAACCCCUAGUGGUUGCGUCUGCGACAAAGACGGUUACCGUUCUAGGCAACGUCAAGUACAAAGGAGUGGUUCAGCAGCCGAACGGUAACUGGGGGGCUCAGAUCUACGCAGACCACAAAAGGAUUUGGCUUGGAACUUUCAAAUCCGCUGCUGAAGCGGCCACCGCUUACGAUAGCGCAUCCAUCAAACUCCGGAGAUUCGAUGCCAACUCGCACCGGAACUUCCCUCGGUCUGAUGUCACUGCUUACGAACAGGAAUUCCAAGAUACCUACGAAUUAGAAGCUGUGUUAAACAUGAUCAAAGACGGUUCUUACCAGAACAAAUUCAGAGACUUUCUCAAACUCCGAUCUCAGAUGGUGGAGCGUAUCAACGACGGUGGAUCAAAACAAGUCAGAGGAGAAGCAGAUCAAGAAUCGGACAAGUGCUUCUAUCGCACGCAGCAGCAAUUUCAGAAGGAGUUGACACCGAGCGAUGUAGGGAAACUGAAUAGGCUUGUGAUACCUAAGAAGCACGCAGUGAAGUAUCUGCCUUACAUAAACGAUGAUCCCAACGAGAAAUUAGAAGAGGGCGAGAUAGGAGGAGCUGUGGAAGAUGUGGAGCUUGUGUUUUACGACAGAACAAUGAGACAAUGGAAGUUUAAGUACUGUUACUGGAAAAGUAGCCAGAGCUUUGUCUUCACCAAAGGUUGGAAUAGUUUCGUGAAGGAGAGGAAACUCAAGGAGAAGGAUGUCAUCAGCUUUUACAUAUGUGAUGUCUCCGACAAUGUCAAGACAUUAGAAGGUCAAAGUCAAGACAAGAACUUCCGGAUGAUUGAUGUUCGUUACUAUUCAGAAAACGGUUCCGUGGUCCCUAAAGAAGUAAACAUGAAAACAGAAAACUUCGUUAGCUCCAAGUUAAAAGAUGAAGAAACCAAAACAGAGGAGAAAAAAGGAAGCUUUAUGCUGUUUGGUGUAAUGAUCCAAUGUUCUUAG